UGCCAGCCCUGCACCUAACGAUAUAGGAUUUCUGCUGAUGUAGGACGCCACCGGCGACGCUAGAUAUAAGACUUAGUUUUAAGAAUUCAUUCUUGUAAGCAUCGCGCUACAGAUCACUCUAUUAAUUUGUAAUUAUAAUAAAUUAGUUUGAUAUUAAAUUGUUUUUUUUUGGAGUGCACCGGCGGGUGAAAUAUAAUUGGCGCAGUCGGUAGGAUACUCGGGUCGCGCCUCGCGGGCAAGAUUUUCCGGAAAAUUAAGAAAAUAUAACGGUUUCGAGGCCCCGCCUGGCCGACCGGUUUUUCUAAAAACCGCAAGCGAGUAUCGAGUUAAGAAGAAAGCCCCUGGAAUCUAGAAAUCGAUGCAGCAGUCCAGAAAACCAAUGAUGCUGCUGACAACCCUGAUGUUGUCCCUGGACAUAGCAAUGACCCAGGAGAUAAGACUUGAGAAUAUGGACAACGGACCUGGACUAUUACCGUUUAAUAUCGGACUUACUGACAUAAUUACCCAUUAUCAUACCUUUUUGCAUUUCAUUGAAUUGGAUGAAAUUGGCCUGAAGAUUGAAACAUUAAAGACUCAAAUUCAUGACAUUGAGGGUUACUUUGACAACCACAGUUUACCUAUUUCUAAAGCUCGUCUUCAACAUUUAACGGAAAAAUUAGAUAAAGCAUCGUUGUUAUUAAAUACAUUAAAACCUGGUCGCGUUAAAAGAGGUUUAAUUAAUGGUUUAGGCUCUAUUAUUAAAAGUGUAACCGGUAACUUAGACUACAGCGAUGCCAUUAAAUAUGACGAGGCCAUUAAAAUUCUUCAAAAUAAUCAAGAUAAUAUAAUUUCCGAAUUUAAUAAUCAUAUAAGUCUUAGUAAGGCGUGGAUGUCCGAGCACGCAAAAACUAUUGAUAAAUUAGUGGAAAAUCAAAUUGAUUUAAAUAAAACAAUGUAUUUUAUGAUUUCGAAAUUUAAUACUGAACAUGUAGAUACAGUAAUCUUCGCAGAAAUUUCCCAAUUAUUAAAUUCAUUUGAUGAUAAUAUUAAUGAGCUACUAUUAGUUAUAAGAAAUAUCGAAGAUAGUUUAGCUUUUACGCGCACUUAUACAGCGCACCAUAUUAUGUUAGAUAUAAGUAUGUUACGUAGUAUGUUAGGUACUUUAAGUUCUGUUUAUAAACCGGAACAGUUAUUAGAUUUAGAACUCCGCGAAUACUAUAGCGUAAUUCGCACUGGGUCAUAUUUUAGUAAUAAUAGAAUAGUUAUAGUGUUACGGUUUCCCAUAAUAUCCCCUAAUACUUUUACCCUUUUUAAAUUAUCCAUCUUACCAAAUCAUUACCAACACAUUAUUGGUAUACACAUAUUAUUUAUUACCUCCCUUUCCUUAUAUAGCAACCAAUAACGAUAAUUAUGUGUACAUAGAG